AUGGAAUUCGAGUUCAACCUUGCCCACACCAUCAAGCGGCUGCUGACGCGAAAGCGCUGUGAGCAGCUGGACCUGGAUGGCUACCUCGUCCUCGAUGAGCAGCCGUUCCCGGCGUCGGUGGCGAAGGAGCUCCUGUGCGAAGUGCAACACUGCUUCAACGACAUCGACGGCGGCAAGACCCCGAACCAAGUCGAGUUCCUCACAGCAGAUGGGCCGGUGAAGCUCACAAAGCCGCACGUCUACGAAUGCGACCUGCACAACGCUGUGGUCCGACACCAACUCCCACUUUUCAAUGCCUUCUUUGAGGGCCAGCUCGGGGAGCUGGUGGAGGUGCUGCGGGACCGGUUAAACUGCUGCGAGGAUCUGCAGCCGUGCGACACGGCUGACCUCGCCUCGCGCUCCGUGACGCUCAAACUGCAGGCGAACGAGGGCGGCGCCUUUCCGUGGCAUUACGACAACCCCGGCAAGCCCAACAAGCGCCGCCUCACGAUGGCGGUCUACCUCACCGAGGACUGGGCCCCGGACAUUGGGGGGGAGCUCCAGAUGAUGCCGUUCCUCGGCCCCUGCAUCACCGUGCCACCGAAGUUCUGCACCGUUGUGUUGUUCCAGUCGGACAUGAUGCUACACCGAGUGCGACCCAUUCUCAGCCACACGCACAAGACACGAUACUGCUUCACGAUUUGGUUUGACGGGGCACUCACCAACAGCAACGACGAUCUCUUCCUCAAAGUGCAGCACCUCGACGAAGGCGCCAUCCCCUUUCUGCGCCGCAGCGCCGUGCAGCGAACCCUUUCCCGGGCCGUGUACGAAGCCGAAUACGAGGAGUCCCUCGCAGACUGCUUUGGCGCAGACUCAGUAGCGCUCGGGAUCAGCCUCCGCGAGCACCAUGCGCAUCUGCAGCAGCUGCUCAGCCAUGAAAGGCUGCGCGCCUUUCUGAAGAUACUCAAAGAGUACCGCGAAGACCUCCGGGCAACAUGA